AUGGCCGACACGGGGGAUGAGGCGGAACGCCGCCGCCGCGCCAGAUCUGACGCCGCACGCAAGCGGGGGCGCGUCGGUGGCUCAACCGCGGAGGCGGUGAAGAGGGAGCCGGAGGAGGCCGUGCCCGAUGCGCCGCCGCGUCGAGGCGUCAUCGGGCCCGUGGACUACCUCCCCCCGGGGCAGGAGGAGCUCCUCGAGCGCGUCGUCCUCGAGCGGUCGACGAGGGAGCAGGAGGAGAUGGAAGAGCGCAUCCGGCGCGAGCUCGAGUACGAGCGACUCUUCUUCGAGACGGGCGUCACAGCAUCGCAGGCGCACAAAUCGAAGGAGGUUGACCUGCGCGUGAUGAAGGCGGAGCAGGCAAAGCUCUACAUCGACCUCGACUCCGACUCCGACUGA